GAAGGAAAGGCCUGUCUCACCUGGACCCAGCUGUGUGUCCUUUCAGAGUGACCACUCAAUGACGCAGCCUCUCCGUUUUACAGAUGGCGCAUCCUCUGUGGAAAGAACCCCAAAACAGGAACCAGAAAACAGCUGCAGAAAUUUGAUAGAGUCCGUAUUCCAGCUGGAGCACAAAGUCAUCACAUUGGUGAAGAAUGAACUGAACAAUUUAAAGAAGCUACUGAGUGCUGAUUACCCAGAAUGCUCUGAGAAGGAGGAGAAAGCGGAGGAGGAGGAGGAUCUGGACUGUAUUAGAGAGAGUGUGCUGAAGAUCACACUGCGUAUCCUGAAGAACCUGAAGCAGAAAGAUCUCGCUCACCAACUGCAGAUCAAGCUGGCCUCUGUAUAUCAGCGAAAACUCAAAUCCAGACUUGGAGAUAAAUUUAAAAGGAUAAAUGAAGGAAUCUCCCAGCAUGGGACAUCAGUACUUCUGAAUCAGAUCUACACAGAGCUCUACAUCACAGAGGGCUGGAGUGAAGACAUCAGUGAUGAACAUGAGGUGAGACAGAUUGAGACAGUGUCCAGGAGACCAGUAACAGAGGAGAAACCCAUCAAAUGUAAUGAUCUCUUUAAAGACACGUCCAUCAGAAGUGUGCUGACUAAAGGAGUUGCUGGAAUUGGAAAAACUGUCUCUGUGCAGAAGUUCAUUCUGGACUGGACUGAAGGGAAAGUGAAUCAGAACGUCACCUUUAUGUUUCCACUUCCCUUUAGAGAGCUGAAUCUGAUGAAGCAGCAAAACCUCAGUCUGAUGAAUCUUCUUCAUCAGUUUUUCCCUGAUAUUAAGGACCUAGAAGUAAUAGACAGUGAUACCUACAAAAUCCUGUUGAUCUUCGAUGGUCUGGAUGAGUGUCGAUUUCGUCUAGAUUUCCAGAACAAUGAGAGAUUGUGUGACGUGACCGAGUCGGCCUCAGUGGAUGUGCUGCUGACAAACCUCAUCAAGGGGAACCUGCUUCCCUCUGCUCUCCUCUGGAUAACCACUCGACCAGCAGCAGCCAAUCAGAUCCCUCCUGAGAGUGUAGACCAGGCAACAGAGGUACGGGGGUUCAGUGAUCCUCAGAAAGAGGAGUACUUCAGGAAGAAGAUCAGUGAUCAGAGCCUGGCCAAUAAAAUCAUCACACACAUGAAGUCUUCAAGAAGCCUCGACAUCAUGUGCCACAUCCCAGUCUUCUGCUGGAUCUCAGCCACUGUUCUCGAAAGAAUGUUGGGUGAAGCAGAGAGUGGAGAGAUCCCCAAGACUCUGACUCAAAUGUUCACACACUUCCUGAUCUUUCAGAUCAAACACAAGGGACAAAAGUACCAUGGAACAUAUGAGCCUGAUCCUCAGCAGACCAGAGAGAGUAUCCUGGCACUGGGAAAACUGGCUUUCCAACAGCUGGAGAAAGGAAACCUGAUCUUCUAUGAGGAAGACCUGAGAGAGUGUGGCAUUGGUGUUCGAGAAGUGGCAGUGUACUCAGGGGUGUGUACUCAGAUCUUCAGAAAAGAAUCAGGACUCCACCUGGGGAAGAUGUUCAGCUUUGUGCAUCUGAGCAUUCAGGAGUUUUUGGCUGCGUUGUAUGCAUUUCUCUGCUUUCUUGACAAAAACUCAACAAAAGAACAAACUACUGAUCUGUCUGGUCUUUUCAACACAUCAGAAAUGUCUGACUUCCUCAAAAGUGCAGUGGACCAGGCCUUACAGAGUGACACCGGACACUUGGAUCUUUUCCUCCGCUUCCUUCUGGGCCUCUCAGUGGAGUCCAAUCAGAAGCUCAUUCGACAUCUGCUGCCACACACAGGAAGCAGCUCUGACUGCCAGAAGGACAUAGUUGAGUACAUCAAGUUCAAGUUUGAACAAAAUCCAUCUCCAGAGAGAUUAAUAAACCUUUUCUACUGUCUGAAUGAGUUAAAUGAUGAUUCACUCGUGAAAGAGAUCCAAAGUUACAUGAGCUCAGGACGUCUCUCUGAAGCUGAACUCUCACCUGCUCAGUGGUCUGCUCUGGUCUUUGUGUUGCUGACAUCAGAUGAGGAUCUGGAAGUGUUUCAGCUACAGAAGUUCAUAAAGUCAGAUGAAUGCUUUAAGAGGCUGCUACCAGUCGUCCAGCAAGCCACAACAGUUCUGCUCAGUGAUUGUAACCUGACAGAGAGAAGCUGCUCAGCUUUACACACAGUUCUCAGCUCUGAAUCCUCCAAACUGACUGAGGUGGAUCUGAGCAGUAACCAUCUGGAGGACUCAGGAGUGAAGCAGCUUUGUGUUGGACUGGAGAGUCCAAACUGUAAACUGGAGAAACUGAGACUUUCAGACUGCAGUAUAACAGAGGAAGGAUACACUGCUCUGGCUGAAGCUCUGAGACUAAACCCAUCAUCACACCUGAUAGGGCUGGAUCUCAGAGGGAACGACCCUGGAGCAUCAGGAGUGAAGCUGCUCACUGAUUUACUCCAGGAUCCAGACUGUAAACUGGAGAAACUGAGACUUUCAGACUGCAGGAUAACAGAGGAAGGAUACGCUGCUCUGGCUGAAGCUCUGAAAUCAUCCCACCUGAUAGAGCUGGAUCUCAGAGGGAACGACCCUGGAGCAUCAGGAGUGAAGCUGCUCACUGAUUUACUCCAGGAUCCAGACUGUAAACUAACAACACUGAGAGUAAUUGACAACAAUAUCAAAGAGGAAGGAUACACUGCUCUGGCUGAAGCUCUGAAAUCAUCCCACCUGAGAGAGCUGGAUCUCAGAGGGAACGACCCUGGAGCAUCAGGAGUGAAGCUGCUCACUGAUUUACUCCAGGAUCCAGACUGUAAACUAACAACACUGAGACUUUCAGACUGCAGGAUAACAGAGGAAGGAUACACUGCUCUGGCUGAAGCUCUGAAAUCAUCCCACCUGAUAGAGCUGGAUCUCAGAGGGAACGACCCUGGAGCAUCAGGAGUGAAGCUGCUCACUGAUUUACUCCAGGAUCCAGACUGUAAACUAACAACACUGAGGCUAAGGAAGAGUGGUGUUACAGAAGAAGGCUGUUCUGCUUUGACUUCAUCUUUUCUAUUCAAUCCUGCACACAUAAAAGAGUUGGAUCUGAGUGAGAAUAAAGAACCAGGAGACUCAGGGGUGAAGAAGCUCUCAGCUCUACUGGAAGACUCUCACUGUAAAUUUCAGAAAAUUCGGCUGAAUAAAAGUAAUCUGACUGUGGAGAGCUGUUCAGCUUUAGCCAGCGUUCUCAAAUUAAAGUCCUGCAGUGUGAGAGAGCUGGACCUGAGCAACAACAGUCUGCAGGAUCCAGGAGUCACUCAGCUUUCUGCUGGACUGAAGAAUCCACAGUCUCCACUCAGAACACUGAGACUGUGUAACUGCAGUGUAGCAGCUGAAGGCUGUGCUGCUUUGGCUGCAGCUCUGGAAGAAAAUCCCUCACAGCUCAGAGAGCUGGAUCUGAGCGGGAAUAAAGCAGGAGACUCAGGAAUAAAGCAGAUCUCGAACCUCCUACAGAAUUCACACUGCCUCCUGGAAACACUCAAACUUUCAGACUGCAGUAUAACAGAGGAAGGAUACACUGCUCUGGCUGAAGCUCUGAGACUAAACCCAUUAUCACACCUGAGAGAGCUGGAUCUCAGAGGGAACGACCCUGGAGCAUCAGGAGUCCAACAACUUACUGACUGCAAAACUAACAAACUGACACUCAGGUUGUUGAAAAGUGCUGAAGCAGAGGAAGCCUACAACCUUCUCACUCGAAUGUUCAGUAAAAACCCCUUACUGCACACGGAGCUGGAUCUGAGCUCCAGAAAAUUAACAGACGACAGAGUGGAUCAGCUCUCGGCUCUGCUGCAGGAUCCACAUUACAGACUGCAGAAACUUACGUAA